AUGACACAGGAAGAACUCGAACUCGAAUUCGAACGACUCGUCCAAAGUACUGUUAAUAUCAUACGAAAUAGAUAUAAAAAUAACGUAAAGAUAUACUUCGGGACACUUAAAGGCCUUUUUAAUGAAGAAUAUGUCAAGUUGAGGGAAUUUCUUGAAUACGAUCAAGUAGAUAAAACAAUAUUUGCUUUAUGGGCGCUUCAAAAUCCGGACAACGUUAAAUAUGACAUUGUAAGAACAUCAGGAAGUAAAUUGGUUAUGGCCUUUUAUACGGACGCGUCGGCGGGGUUUUAUUUUGAUCCGACACAAGAUCAACUGGAAGUAUUUGAGUCUAAUACAAAAUAUCCAACGUGUUGGAGUAAUGAAGAUGAGAAAAAAUAUACCAAAAAUUAUUCCCAAGUGAUAAUUGUUGAGUUAUUAAUAGAAAGCCAUCAUCCACGACAGUGA